UGACGCUCCUUGUUUUUCGCUUUCCAGCCUCCACCAGAUUUUCUUAGUUGAAGUCAGUGAGGAGCUGGAGGAUCUGGUGCUCGGCUUCUGCCCUUCAGUUUCAGCUUUAGCUUCGUAGAUUUGGUGAUAAAUCGUUAAGCCGGUUAAUUAUUUGAAGAACAUGAGCAAUACUUUAGGAGCAGUUCAGCAGAACCUAUGUAGAUCGUUUGUGCUGGAAAAUCCGAGCGAUACUCGUCUACUGAUAUCGUCAAGUCUGCCAUGCAAAAUCUCCUCUUACUUGAAAAAUGACCGAGCAUUUUUACAUAAGCAGAGACUCCGAUUCUCCACCAGAUUUCUUGACAACAGUUUGAGAGAUUGGAAAGCAAAAUUCCAACAGAAAAUGCGUAGGGUUGCUUAUAUGGUUCCCCAUGCUGUACUGGCCACUGAUUCUUUUCCAAAGCUUCGAGGCAAGUUCAAAUUGGAUGGAAAUUCUGAGCUGCAGAUUGUUUUGUCUUCUAAGUCAGACUCUCUUUUGCAAAUUGAUUUCCAAAUUACCAAUGGGGGUGAAUCCCUAGUUCUUCAUUGGGGUGCAGUUCGCACUAGGAAUAAGGAUUGGUCUCUUCCUUCACGUCGUCCAGACAGAACAAAAGUUUAUAAAAAUGAAGCUCUUAGAACUCCAUUUGUUAAGUCUGGUUCCAGUUCCUUAAUUAAAUUAGAGAUUGAUGACCCAGAAGUACAAGCUAUUGAGUUUCUUAUACUUGAUGAGGCACAGAACAAAUGGUUUAAAAAUGAUGGCCAUAACUUCCAUAUUCAGCUCUCUGGAAAUAGCCCACAAAUUUUAGGCGCUUCCAUUGCGGAAACUAUUAAUGUUACAAUUCCAGAGGACCUCGUGGAAAUUUAUGCAUAUCUUAGAUGGGAGAAAAAGGGCAGACAGAAUUACACACCAGAGCAGGAAAAGUUAGAGUUUGAGGAAGCAAGGAAAGAGCUUCAGCUAAAGCUAGAAAAAGGGACAUCUCUAGACGAGAUUCGGAAGAGGAUAGUCAAAGGAAGUAUAAAGAGCCAAGCAGCCAAGAAACUAGAGGAUAAACAGCAUUUUACUAUAGAGAGAGUAUUACGUAAAAGUAGAGACCUUACGCAGUUCAUCAAUAAAAACUCUUUCCAACCUGAAGAAGGGAAAGCUUUUGAUAGUAAAAGAACUCUAACAACUGUGGAACUCUGGUCAAAGGGUUUAGAGGAGAGAUUUGAUGGCCUAAUUAUUACCAGGAAACUCUUUAAGUUGGAUGACAUGGAGCUUAUGGUGCUUGUGGCCAAUACGGAAGGUAAAAUGAAGGUUUUCUUGGGCACGGAUUAUGAGAAACCACUGCUUCUUCACUGGGCAUUAUCAGAGAAGGCUGGCGAGUGGAUGGUGCCCCCAAGCAACAGUUUACCUCCAAAUGCAGUUUUGCUAGACAAGGCAUGCCAGGCCCCGUUUAUUAAUUUCUCCUCUGCUGAUCCAGCUUUACAGUUGCAACAAAUUGAGAUAAAUAUUGAUGCUGAACAUUUUGAUGGGAUGCCAUUUGUCCUUUGCUCUGGUGAUCACUGGAUAAAGAACAAUGAUUCAGACUUUUAUGUUGAAUUUGGCGGUCGAACUACCAAAUUUUUGAAGGGUGUAGCGGCGCUCCACUGGGAAGGGCGCCUUGACCUCCAGGACAUGUACCGGGCGUGGCAACGCACCUCUUUGGUGCUAGGUAUAAAAAAAAUGUCUGGGGGCAGCACCCUCAAUACUAAACAGGAUGUUGGUGAUGGCAAAGGUACUGCAAAGGCUUUGCUAGACAAGAUAUCUCAGCUGGAGAGUGAAGCGCAGAAAUCGUUUAUGCAUAGGUUCAAUAUUGCAUCAGACCUAUUAUACCAAGCUAGAGAUGCUGGUUUAUUGGGUCUUGCUGGAAUUCUUGUCUGGAUGAGAUUUAUGGCUACACGACAGCUUGUGUGGAACAAAAAUUACAAUGUUAAACCUCGUGAGAUAAGUAAAGCUCAAGAUAGGCUUACCGACAUGCUUCAAGAUAUAUACAGUGGUUUCCCUUCAUAUAGGGAAAUUUUGAGGAUUAUCAUGUCUACUGUUGGUCGCGGUGGUGAAGGUGAUGUGGGGCAGCGCAUUAGAGAUGAGAUCUUGGUUAUUCAGAGAAAUAAUGAUUGCAAAGGUGGUAUGAUGGAGGAAUGGCAUCAGAAGCUGCACAAUAACACUAGUCCUGAUGAUGUUGUAAUUUGUCAGGCACUGAUCGACUAUGUUAAAUUUAACUUUGAUGUUAAUGUUUAUUGGAAAACAUUGAAUGAAAACGGCAUUACAAAGGAGCGGUUGUUAAGCUAUGACCGGGCUAUACAUUCUGAACCAAAUUUCCGGCCGGAGCAGAAAGAGGGCCUUUUGCGUGAUCUUGGAAAUUACAUGAGGACUCUCAAGGCAGUGCACUCUGGCGCUGACCUUGAGUCUGCUAUUGCAACUUGUUUAGGUUACAAAUCUGAGGGUGAAGGCUUUAUGGUAGGAGUUCAAAUAAAUCCUAUAAAAGGAUUAGCCUCGGGGUUUCCUGAGCUGUUGGAGUUUAUCCUUGCUCAUAUUGAAGAUAAAACGGUAGAACCGCUGCUUGAGGCUUUGCUGGAGGCUAGAGUAGAGCUUCGUCCUUUGCUACUGAAUUCUCAGGAGCGUUUAAAGGAUAUCAUUUUUUUGGAUAUUGCUCUUGAUUCUGCAGUUAGGACUGCAAUCGAGAGGGGAUACGAGGAGCUCAACAAUGCAGAACCAGAGAAAAUCAUGUACUUUAUCUCUUUGGUCCUUGAAAAUCUUGCAUUGUCUUCGGAUAACAAUGAGGAUCUUAUAUACUGCUUAAAGGGAUGGAACCAUGCACUGGAGUUGUCCAAAAGAAAAGAUAAUCAAUGGGCAUUAUUUGCGAAGGCAUUUCUCGAUAGGACUCGACUUGCCUUAUCAAGCAAGGCUGAAUAUUUCCAUCAAAUUCUUCAGCCCUCAGCUGAAUACUUAGGAUCAUUGCUAGGAGUAAAUCAGUGGGCUGUUAACAUUUUUACUGAGGAAAUAAUUCGAGCUGGUUCUGCUGCUGCAUUAUCAACAUUACUUAAUCGGAUUGAUCCGAUUCUUAGGAAGUUGGCACAACUUGGAAGUUGGCAAAUCAUAAGUCCUGCUGAGGUUUCUGGCUAUAUAGUCACGGUGAAUGAGUUGCUUUCUGUCCAGAACAAAUCCUACGACCGGCCUACAAUUUUGGUGGCCAAAAGUGUAAAGGGAGAAGAGGAAAUUCCAGAUGGCGCUGUUGCUGUACUAACAUCUGAUAUGCCAGAUGUUCUUUCUCAUGUCUCCGUUCGUGCAAGAAAUAGCAAGGUAUGUUUUGCCACCUGCUUUGAUCCCAAUAUUCUGGCUGAAUUUGAAAGAAAUGUAGGAAAAUUAUUUUUCCUAAAACCUACUUCUGCGGAGAUCAUUUACAGUGAGAUCACUGAGGGUGAACUAACUGAAGCAAGUUCUAGAGAUACAAGUGAUGGCAGAACUCCAUCUCUAAACAUAGUCAGGAAGAGUUUUGCCGGUCAAUAUGCUAUAGUUGCCGAGGAGUUUACGAAUGAAAUGGUUGGGGCUAAAUCACGUAAUAUAUCAUUUCUCAAAGGAAAAGUGCCUUCUUGGAUAGAAAUCCCAACAUCAAUUGCUCUACCAUUUGGAGUUUUUGAGAAGGUUCUGUCUGACAAUAUAAAUAAGGAUGUAGCUCAUAAUGUGGAUGCGCUCAAGAGAAAGUUGGAAGACGGAGAUUUCAAUGCUCUCGGUGAAAUACGCGGAGCAGUUCUGCAGUUGGAAGCUUCAUCUCGAUUGAUUACAGAGCUGAAGGAAAAAAUGAAAAUUUCUGGAAUGCCUUGGCCCGGGGAUGAAGGUGAGCAUCGAUGGGAACGAGCAUGGAUGGCUAUCAAGAAGGUUUGGGCUUCAAAGUGGAAUGAGAGAGCAUAUUUCAGUACUCGAAAAGUAAAGCUUGAUCAUGACUCUCUUUGUAUGGCUGUUCUUGUACAAGAAAUUAUAAACGCAGACUAUGCAUUUGUUAUCCACACUACCAACCCUUCAUCUGGAGACUCAUCUGAGAUUUAUGCUGAGGUGGUUAAAGGACUGGGAGAAACUCUCGUUGGCGCCUAUCCGGGUCGAGCUCUUAGCUUUAUUUGUAACAAAAAUGACCUCAACUCUCCGAAGGUAAUUGGUUUUCCUAGUAAACCUAUUGGCCUCUUCAUUAAACGGUCCAUUAUAUUCAGGUCAGAUUCAAAUGGUGAAGAUUUGGAAGGAUAUGCUGGUGCAGGCUUAUAUGAUAGUGUUCCGAUGGACGAGGAAGAGGCCGUCGUGCUCGACUACACUUCCGAUCCGCUCAUAAUGGAUGGAGGUUUCCGGCAGUCGAUAUUGGCGAGCAUCGCUCGAGCAGGCGGUGCGAUCGAAGAGCUUUAUGGAUCUCCACAAGACAUUGAGGGAGUUGUUAAAGAUGGCAAGAUUUUUGUUGUUCAAACAAGGCCACAGAUGUGAUUCAGGCUUAUGAUAAUGAUCCGGUUAUAGGGUGGCGAUUUACUCGAGAAAAUAAUUAUAAAAUGGUUGUGAGCAUGCUCGAGUACAAGCGGAUGAAGGAGAAUCAAACGAGAAAGAAGGCAAAUGAAAAUGUUAUUUAUGAGCAUGGGGUGAAAGAAUUUGAUGAUUCUACGACGUCGUUGAACCCAACCAAAUGCUUUGGUAUGGAAAGUGAUGAGGAAGAUAGGGCUUGAGGAGUGCUUCUUUAAUUAUCUACUAUUUUAAAUAUAUGUGUUUGGCAAUGUGGUUGCAUGGAACAUUUAUUAUGGGUUGUUAUGGUAUAGAAAGACAAAUUAAGAAUUUCUUAAUAAGGUUUUUUUCUUUGGUUUUUUUUUUUCCUUGCACAAUGGUGAAUAUGUUGAAUUGCUAUGGUUGUGAUGUGUUGCUUGUUUUGGUCAAAUGAUGCUCGUCUUUUCUUGUGUGUGCGCUCGUGCAUU